CUCCGUAGCCUGGCCCCCAACGUCCAUAGUAGUCAAAGAUGGCCUCAAUCUCUUCGCCCUUUGGGUCCUCUUUUUUUUUCCCUUUUCCUCUCCUCACUCUCACAAUCUCAAGAGACUCACGGCUUCGGUACCAGGCCUCCUUUUUGCAGACGUUCUUGUCUGCGUCCCUUCUUUUGCUGUUCGCAGCAUACCACACUCUCUUUUAGCUGGAAACUUGAACCAGCAGGCCUCGGCCAACUUACAAUCACUAAGUCACUCACUCACUAACUAAUACCACACAACACACAAAAUGGCUCUCAACGGAUACUGGGGUCAAUGGGGUUUUGAGUCCCUGGCCGACUACUGUGACUCUGGCAUCGAAUACGUUUCCCUCGCCUUUGUCAACGUCGCCCCGGAGCAUGGCAACGGCUUUCCGGGCACGAACUUUGCCGGCCACUGCGGUGGCGGUGUCUACGAGGCCCCCAACGGUGAGCCCAGCGCCCUCCUGAGCGAGUGCCAGAAUCUCAAGGAGGGCAUCCCCUACUGCAAGGAGAGGGGCGUCACUGUCCUGCUGUCCAUUGGCGGUGUCUUCAACGAGGAGACGUCAAACUACGAGAUCUCGUCCGUCGAGAACGGUGUCGAGUUUGCCGACUUUUUGUACGGCGCCUUUGGCCCCUACAACCCUGACUGGGAGGGCCCCCGUCCCUUUGAUCUCGACGAGGAGAACCACACCUCGGUCGACGGCUUCGACCUGGACAUUGAGCACGACAUUGACAACGAGCCCUACAUUGCCCUCGUCGAGCGCCUCCGCGAGCACGACCCCAGCCUCUUCUUCUCCAGCGCCCCCCAGUGCCCCCCCGAGGACCGCUACUUCUACAUGAAGGAGCUCUUUGAGGCCGUGCACUUUGACGCCCUCUUUGUCCAGUUCUACAACAACCCGCGCUGCAACGCCGCCGGCAGUGGCUUCAACUACGAGGAGUGGGAGGCCAUCCUCGCCGACUCGGAGUACAACCAGGACACCCGCCUCUUUGUCGGUCUGCCCGCCAGCAUCCUCGCCGGCGGCGGCUACGUCACCCCCUUUGAGAUUGAGAACAUUAUCUGCGAGCACCGUGACAGCCCCAACUGGGGCGGCAUCUCCCUGUGGGAUCUCACCCGUGGCGCCUCCAACUUCAUGCUUGACGGACGCAGCUUUAACGAGCACGUCCUCGAGGCCCUGGACUGCAACUGUGGCGAAGAGCCCACGACCACGACAACCACGUCUGUUCUGAGCACCACGACCACGACAUCCGCCUCGUCUACGGCUGCUGUCACAACCACGACUUCCUCGGCCGCUGUGACCACAACGACCACUAGCUCCUCGUCGUCGUCCUCUUCUUCCUCGAGCUCCUCCUCUUCCCCCAGCUCGUCGCCUUCUAGCUCACCCUCCGCCAGCGCGUCGCCCUCCAGCUCGCCCUCCGCCAGCUCGUCGCCGUCUAGCUCGCCCUCCGCCAGCGCGUCUUCGUCCAGCUCUGCUGCCGUCACAACGGCCAGCAGCAGCGCAAGCUCCACCCUCGAUGUGGUCACCAGCGCUAUCACCACAUCCUCCCCUUCAUCCGUUGCCAACGGCGUGACCAGCACCACGACGAGCCACCACACCUUCACCACCGGAUGGUCCAACUCCACCACCACCUCGCACGGCGCGACCAUCACCACCUCGCAUGACGCGACCAUCACGUCCGCCACCGACGACGUGUCCAUGACCACCAGCACCCACUUCACCACAAAGACCUACACCGUGACCGACUGCCCCCCUUACGUCGUCGACUGCCCUGCUGGCGGCUACGUGACCACCGUCGUUGUCCCCGCCUACACCACCGUCUGCCCCGUCACCGAGGUCGAGCCUACUCCCACCGGCGUUCCUUGCGAGGGUGACUGCCCCGGCCACGACGACGGCGAGGACAAUGGUGAGGACGACGACCACGAGGGUGGUGAGGAUGACAAUGAGGAUGGCGGUGAUGAGGACGACGAGGACUGCGAGGACAUCCCCGAUGAGGGCGAGGAGGGUUCUGAGGAGCCUGAAUGCCCCGGUGGCUCUCACUGCCCUGAGACUCCUGAGACUCCUGAGCAGCCUGAGCAGCCCGGAAACCCCGAGCAGCCUGAGAACCCCGAGACUCCUGAACACCCCGGAACCCCUGAGCACCCCGAGCAGCCUGAGACCCCUGAGCAGCCUGAGCAGCCUGAGCACCCCGUGUGCCCCGGCCCCAACUGCCCCGGCUCUCCCACAACCAUUGCUACCUUCACCCACCCUCCCGUCGGCACCGCUCCCGGCCCCAUUGCCACCUGGACCUCGACACUCCCCCACGGUGAGGAGCCCACCGCUCCCAUCGUCCCCGGCGCCGCCUCCGGUGUCAGCGUCGGCAUGAGUGUCCUGGCGGCUGUCGUUGCCAUCCAGGCCUUUGUCCUGUAAAUUUCUCUGGUCUGACGACUUGUAUAUUUCUUUUGGAUAAAAAGAGGCGAUCCUGACAUAGGGGAAUGGGACGAUUGUAAUGGAUUCGAUUUUUGUGUAUAUCUUUGACCCCCUGAGUGCUUCUCUUUGCUUGUCUCCCACGAGACUCACGAGG